CUCAGUUUCCCCAACGGCAGCCGCUUAUCUCAAUCAGUUUUUCUCAUCAAUAUCAGAUUGGUAAUGGAGGUAUUGCUUAGUCUUGGAGAUUGACACAAUGCUUGCAAUGGCUUCUGCUAUGAUUUUUGUCCCCAACCAGGUUGUUUGAUUCUUUCUCUCUGAAGAUUAUUUUAAGCUCUUAGCUCUACUUUGAGUGUAAAACUAUACAAGAUGUACACUAAUUUAGCUAAGACUCCUGCAUUUCCAUUGGCUGUGAGGACUUCUUCACAAACCAGUUGUUUUAAGCUGUUCUCCACACCAAAGUCACAAACUUUACCAACUGGGUCUUGUCCAAAACCUUAUCAAAGAUCUGAUUCGGUCAUUUUCACUGUUUUGCCAUUUGGGUCUGGUUGCAGAACAGAAAAUAUGAAUUUUUCUGCUUGUUCAUGCUCUAGUAUAGAAAAAUCAAAGGAUAUUUCAGGUGGGUUUUGGCUUAAAACUGUUACUGGACAUUCUGUUUCGAUGAAAGGAAGAGGUUUAUCGUAUUCAUCAGCUCAGAAGGUUAAUGGAAGGGAACGUUUUCCAAGAGUUGGGAAGAAGCUCCCUUGGUUGUCCUCGAAUAAUGGUAAUAGAACAAAUAUAGUGAAUGAAACGCCUGCGAAGACUAGUAGUUCGUCUUGGGAGGUAUCUGCCCGGAAACUAGAUAAUAGUAGCAGUAAGUCUUCUUGGGAAGAAUCGGCUAGUAGAUUUGAGAAGCAGAGUAGCGAGCCUUCUUCAGACGAAUUUGUAAAGAAAAGGACUGCAUCUCUGGUGGGGAGUAGAGAAAGUAGGUAUAGAGAGGCAGAUGUGGUUGAGGAUGAUCAAAGAGAAAACAAUUCUAGGGAUGUAUGGUAUAGGAAAAAUGUAGGAGAAGUAACUGAAGAAGUUGAGGCUGUUGAUGAUUCGAGAUGGAAUAACAUUAAAAAUAGGUACAGGGGAGUGGUGGAUGUAAAAGAUGGAUAUGAGAAACCUGAAUUUCGAAGAUGGAAUAAGCAAGAGAAUUGGGGUAGGAAGACAUGGAAAGAGGCUUCUGAAUCAUCUUUGCCUAAGAUGGUUGGUGAAUGUAUUUAUGGGGUUGGUCCAGUUCUGGCUGCUUUAUCAGCUGGAAGAAGAGAAUUUUUCGCAUUACAUAUCCAGGAAGGAUUGGAUUUGAGUAGUAAUAACAGGAAGAAGAAGGACAAGAAAGGUUUCGAGAAAGUGUUGAAGAUGGCUGAAAAAAUUGGUUUAACCAUAAAUGAAGUGUCUAAGCAUGAUCUCAACAUGGUUGUAGAUAAUAGACCUCACCAAGGUUUGGUACUCGAUGCUUCUCCGUUAGAGAUGGUUAAGAUAAAGGAAUUGGACCCCAUGUCAAUCGAGGAAGAGAAGAAUUCACUCUGGAUAGCUUUGGAUGAAGUCACAGAUCCUCAGAAUUUGGGGGCAAUCAUUAGAUCUUCUUACUUCUUUGGUGCUUCGGGGGUGAUCUUAUGUGCGAAGAAUUCGGCCCCUUUGAGUGGUGUUGUGAGUAAAGCAAGUGCAGGUUCACUUGAACUGAUGGAACUAAGAUAUUGCAAAAAUAUGAUGCAGUUCUUAACAUCCUCAGCUGAAAAUGGUUGGCGAGUUCUCGGUGGUUCUGUGUCUUCCAAAGCUAUUCCCUUGAAUGAUGUUGUGCCGGGUGAACCAACAAUCCUAGUUUUGGGUAGUGAGGGUACAGGACUGAGGCCAUUAGUGGAGAGAUCAUGCACUCAGCUAGUCAAGAUUCCUUCUAAUGUUCCUGUUGACUUAAUCCCGGGUCAAGAUGAACAACUCGAAACAGCAGAUAACAGUGUUGGAGGCUCGGCUAAUGCUGAUUUUCGGUCAUUUUUGGCUGUGGAAAGCUUGAAUGUUAGUGUUGCUGCCGGUGUGCUUAUUCAUCACUUAAUCGGAAAUGAGUAUUAUAAGAAUGAUUCCACCAUUGUUGAUCAGCAAAUGAACACAGUUGACUGAGAAUCAAGCUAGCCUAUGCACUAUUGUUUAGUUUUUAUUUAGUAUUUCAUAGAAUAUUGAUGUCUUUCUAUUUUACUUUUUACCAUAUUGGUUAUUUAGGAUCAAUUGAUAACAAAAAAUGGAAAGCAAGUUUAGAAUUUUGACCUUUUCUACA